AUGAAUAACCAGGUGCAAUUGCCCUCGAUUCAGAAUUUAUUGAAUUCUUUAAAUCAUGAUGAUAAUAAAAUAGAUUCUAAGAUAAAUAUUAUUAAUAUCAAUAUCACUAAUAAUAAUAAUAAUAGUAAUAGUAAUAAUAGUAAUAGUAAUAAUAUUCCUAUAUUUUUACCUGAUCCAUUUAAAAAUAAAAUAGAUAUUAAUAGACAAAAUAAGGAUCCUUCUAAUGAUAUACAGACUUUAAUACCCCUACCGUCUAUCAAUACCAUGUCUUCAUUUAAACCUUCCUCUGGCUCCUCCUCCUCCAUUGCUAACAAUAAUAAACAGUCUAUACCAUACUCAGCAAAUUCUUUUACUUCAGUAUCAUUGCAACAAUACCCAUCAGUUCCAAGAAUUAAUCCUGAAAAGAAAAGUAUCACAGCAAUUCAAUCUAUUAUAUCUAAUACCAUCACUGCUGGAAUUAAUUCUAACACUAUGGCUACUACUAAAGAUAGAAAUGAUUCUAAUGAAAUUAAAGGAACUAUCUAUAGUAAAAGCAGUAGUCGAAAAAUUGUCACUGCAAAAACUAUCCCAUGUAAGAUAAAUUACGAAAAAGAUGGUUUGAAAAUUAUCUCGAGGAAACAUUGUCGUUAUAAUCUACCCAAGGAUUGCGUGACGAUUCUUAACGACUGGUUAAUGAACCAUUUACAUAAUCCAUAUCCUACAGCACAAGAAAAGAGGGAUUUGUUGAUUAAGACGGGGCUUACUAAGAUUCAAUUGUCGAAUUGGUUUAUCAAUCAAAGAAGAAGAAAGAUUUUUAGCGGGUACUAUUCCAUGGCUAAAUCUAUUUCUGACGAGAAAGGGAACAAUGAUCUACCUUGUGAUGAAGUUAAAGUACCUUUAACAAAGAGGAAAAAAUUGAUGGAUAGAAUUGACGAAUUAAAACAAUUGAUGGGUGAAGAAUCUUCCUAA